AUGAACGUCGCUAUAGCGUGUAGCCCAGAAGAUGUCCAUUCCGUGGCGGACAGAGAUGAGUUGGAGAACGUUACUACAGUUGAGGCAGGUGAGUACCCCCUCUCUGCUGCGCGUAGGUUUGUUGAGUGGAGUGCAGAGCAGAACGUGCGACGGUCGUGCUGGGACGCUUCCGUCGCCGAGCGGACGGUUAGCCAACUAUGCGACAUCUGCCCUGUGGUUUCGAGCCGACUUCCGACAGAGUUAUGGGAGCGGAUAAUCGAUUUCAUCACGGACUACAGAUUGUACGACAUGCGACAACUCGGCCAAGUGGGUCGUGGGUGGUAUGCCCGAUGUCGCUUUCAUAGUCACAAGGUACUUGAGAUGGGAAAUAUGGAAAAGAAGCAGGUAUAUCGCCUGAUCAAGACACUGGAUGAGCCCCCCAAGCGAUGCCGCGCUAUUGAAACAGUCUUAUUCGAUUUUGAGCUGAAGCCGAUUGGUCACUUUGGGUCAUUUGCUGUGCGCAUGGUGCAGAAGCUGCCCCGAGUAGAAUUUCUCAAACUCUGGCAUUGUAAAUGGGAGACUGGUCAACUGCACACGCAAGUCUUCCUCCAUGUCGCUCUCACAUUUGGGUCGGUAAUCAAGCUCGAACUAUACGAUGUAAUGUUCCCAUCUGCGGUUGUGUUUGGGCGGCUUCUGCGUGCGCUCCCCCGCCUCUCCACCCUCAACUGUCUGGUUGUGGACUUCAAGAAGGGCUGCCGUGGUGUGGGUGCGGUGCGAGUGCCAGGCACCCUCCGACUCGACGCCGCCGAGCUGGAUGGUAGCGGUGACGUAUUUGACUUCCUUGCGUCGAUCAAAGUUCACCUUCGGCAUCUCAUCUGCUAUGGAAAUGACCUGGAGAAGGUUCCGGAGCUGCUCGCUGUGACCGCCGAGUCGCUCUUGUCCCUCGAGGUCAGACAGCUUCACAAAGCCAAUUCAGUCAAUCUCACGCCCGCUGUCAACUUGCGUGUUUUGGCCAUCGAUGGCGUACUCAAAGACAUGGCUAUGGCAUUCUGGAUCCUAUCUCGCGCAUCUUUGCCCAAGCUAGUCGAGGUCACCAUCAAGUCGUCCUUGACCGAUCGGCCGACAGCUGUCUCUAUCCAGGAUAUAUUGAAUAGCAUCGACGAUGAUUUCGAUGACUCCUUUGCACAAAUGGAUCACAGCCUUUCCGGCAGUCAAUUUCCUGCUCUCCGCAAAGUCACUUUUCUCCUUUGUUACGGUAUCCAAUUUUCCCACGCACCGAACAACAUAUCCGAAGGCUCCUGGCGCACCCUGCUCUCAUCAAAGCUUCCAGCCCUCUAUGCUAGUGGUCGCUUUCUGGCCGAAGUUCCUACGCUCCGAGUCUGGUAG